AUGGUAUGCUGUAAAAAUCAAAAUAAAUCACAUAAUUAUAUAAAUAAAAUUUAUUCACAUCGUAAUCCAAAAGAAUUAGAGUUAUUAGAGAGAAAAUUUAUAUUAGAUUGUAUUGCUGUUAGACAAAUUUCUGAUGAUUAUUCAAAAGCGAAUCCAAAACAUGGAUCAAUUAUCCCAGUUUAUAAUGGACAAUUAGAUAAAUAUGCUAAAUCAUAUUUUGAAUCAUUGAAUAUUCAAAAAGUGUUGGAAAAAAAUGGACAGACACCACCUGGAACAUCAAUUGAAGGUGAAAUAGCAGAUAGAUUUGCAAUACAUGGUGCACCGACUGAAUAUCUUCAAAGACGUAAUAAACAUGGUUGUGGACAUUCACAUGAAACAUGGGGAGGACACUAA